AUGGCCACCGACUCUGAGCUGGAGCCUCCUCGCAAGAAAGCGCGCUGCUCGGCAGACGAGGGACCUAGUGUCGAAUCGAAACCGAUUGUCGUGCGCGUUGGCGAAACCAAACAGGAGUUCUACGUCCACGAAUCACUGCUCCGCGCAAACUCACGGUUCUUCGACAACGCGCUCAAGAAGGAGUGGAAAGAGGGACAGGAGGCUGCAGUCGUCCUACCUGUUCACGAACCAGACCUUUUUAGGACAUGGGUCAAGUUUCUCUAUACUGGACGAGUCUUCGUUGGAGGGGCUGAAAACCUAAUGGACAACGAGCGGAAGCACUAUCCAGAGCUUUGGGCAUGGGAAGGCCUCUAUGAUCUCGGCGUUUAUCUCGAUGACAGUGACUUCCGAGACGCUUUGAUCGACGCUAUGAUCGACUGGAUGUGUGCUUCAUGCAAGGUUCCCAUGAAAUUUGCCCGCUGCGUCUAUCCUCUUACAGCGGAGUCCUCAGCCCACCGAAAACUUGGGGUUGACGCCUUUGUCAAUAUCGGCCGGCGAGUUCCAGUGGCAAAUAUGAAGUCUUUCCCACCCGAUUUCAUGCGCGAUAUCCUGCGCGAAAUCAUGCCAAACCUUCGCGAGGGCCUCGAAUGGUCAUCUGCAGUGGACUGGUUCAAGGAUAUGGACAGCUGCCAUUACCACGAUCACGGAGACAAUCCUUGCUACAAGACCAAGCCCAGGUUUCGGUACUGA